GUUCAUUUACAAUACGCAUCAUGUAGAGGCACGAAGAUGAUUCGUUUACAAUUUGAUUGACGAUAAGGAUGUCAGUGAAACGAAGGAAGGCUACAUCCUCAGCUCUAUCAGAUGAUAACGAAUGCACCUCCAAUAGAAGGAAGGAUUCAAAGCCAAAUGUAGGCACCGAUGAAUUUAUAUGUGAAUGCUGCCUAUUACCUAUUAAACAGAACAAAAGCAAGGAGUAUUUGGGUCGCGUAAAUACAUGCCCUCAUAAAUUCCAUCUUAUUUGCAUUAAGAAAUGGUCUACUCUGGAAACUACAUGCCCACAGUGUAAAGCUGUGUUUGAUUACAUAGAAAAAUUAUGUCCAAUCACCGGAAACGUUGUUCAGAAGAUAAAAUGCAAACCCCUCUUUCUUUGGGAUCACGAUAAUCCUGAUGAGCACAAUAAUAAUGACGAUGAAAACAUUGAUUCUAAGACUUCGGAGUCCUCUUUUGAGAACCCUCCGGCAAUCAACCUAUUAUCACCUGAACAGGUUAUGAAAAUAUCACUAUGCAAACAACAGCGGAAAACUAUUGAACUAACGAAAGCUAUUUCACUGACCGAGCGACAUGUUAAACGCAUGGAGUUAAAUUCUAUUAACUGUGAUUCAUUGAAGGAUGCAGUGUCGAUUUCACCAUUGAGGAAGGAUACAAUUAAAUGUAACACUUCGUUCAAUCUACAACCUGAAUACCAAGCGGAUUUCAUUGGGAAAUAGUUCUUUUCCAUGUUAGCAGUGGGUU